AUGCAGCUGCGCUUCCUGCUCCUGGCGGCCCUGGUGGGGACCUGCCUGGCCUCGGCCGGUCAUGGCGUGAAGCACCUGACCGAUGCCGACUUUGCGGAGCAGACGGGCGACGGAAAGGUUUACUUCAUCAAGUUCUUUGCCCCCUGGUGCGGCCACUGCAAGCGCCUGGCGCCCACCUGGGACCAGCUGGCAGACUCUUUCAAGGACAGCGAACAGGUGGUCAUCGCGUCCGUUGACUGCACCGAGCAGAAGGAUGUGUGCACCGCGGCAGAGAUCCGCGGGUACCCCACCCUCAAGGUGUUCCACUCCGGCGCCGAGGUGGACUCGUACCGGGGCACUCGCGACUUAUCGGCCCUCAAGAGCUACAUCACAGACAAGGCCAAGACCCAGCUGGAGCUCACCACGGCGUGA